AUGAUGCAAGUGGAACAUCGGGGACGCAAACGAGACUCCAUAGAGCAUUUUAUAGGCCUUCCCCAGAUAUUUUUGGCUAAUGGACUCGCCCAAUUGCGAUAUAUGGUGCUCGUAGAGGGUUUACAGACACCACAAGGUUACGAUCAAUGUCCUUAUCGAUGUUAUGUUUGGUCUAUUCUUUGCAAAGUACCAACAUUUCCUACUGACAAGUACUUGGCGCUCGUCCAAUCCGCCAGUAGUAGCAUUUCCAGUGAAAUGUAUCAAAAAAUCAAGAAUGAUACCUUCAGAACUCUCAUGCAUGAUCGUCAUUUCCACCUGAAAGUAUCUGAAUCUUCACUAAUUCGAAUACUAUCGUGCUUAGCAAUUUCGAUCCAAAGCAAGGUGGGAUACGUCCAGGGUCUUAAUGUGUUGUUAGCACCUAUAGUAUACGCCUGUCACAAGAGCGAGCCACAGGCAUUUGCCAUACUUCAUCUGCUCGUAACCAACCAAAUACCACUUUAUAUCACUCCCAAUUUGGAUGGGGUUCAUACCGGGCUUGCCUUGGUCGACGUGGUUCUCAAGAUCAUCGAUCCGGUUCUCAGUGAGUACCUCGAUUCGAAAUUUCUCAAAGCUGAGAUAUAUGCAUUUCCAUCGGUGCUCACCUUGGGGGCAUGCACUCCACCUUUGAAGUCGGUGCUUAAGUUAUGGGACUUAUUGUUUGCGUACGGGACACACAUGAAUAUUCUUUUCGUGGUUGCGCAGCUCGUCAUCAACCGUUCGCAGUUGUUGAAUUCACCCCAGCCGAUGAAAUUGUUGCGAAGCUUUCCUCCGUUGGAAGAAAACGAAAUCAUUAAAUUGAGUUUGAGUUUCAUCCCUGAACUCCCCAAGCAAUUGUACGAUAUGACAUCCCGUCAUGGAUAUGACGCUGACGUUCCUGGAGAGCUAAAAGCAUUUUUAGCUGAGAACAACCUCUAA